AUGGGUGGAAGAAUCGACCUUGGGUCUGACCUCAGAACGAGGCUUGUUGAGGCUCAGAUGGAAGACGAUUGGAAAAUGUCCUGUAAAGCAGUGCCUCUGGUUCAGCUUCGAAGUUCAAAAUUCCUAACAUUCCAAGAUGUGGCCGUGGACUUCACCCAAGAAGAAUGGAGACAAUUGAGACCUGCUCAGAAGAAGCUGUACAGGGAUGUGAUGUUGGAGAACUAUAAGAACUUUGUGUCCCUUGGACUUCCAAUCUCCAAACCAGACGUGAUCUCCAAGUUGGAGACAAGAGGAGUACUAUGGUUCAGAGUAAAAAUCCCCAAAAGCACUUAUCUGGAUUCCCUGGUUCAGAAGAAAAGGCAUGAAAUCAAGCAAUCAACUCUAAAAGAGGUUAUUUCUUUAGAAGAAUCACUGGAAGAACAAACUGAGAAUGGUUCUUGGGAUUGUGUUGUCAGGUUAGAAAGGCAGAAAGAUAACCUAGAGAGACAGUCUAGACUAGUAUUAAAGGAAAAUGUCUCCAUAAGACUGGUAUAUUUGGAAAGAGCUUCAAACAGUGCUCAUACCUAA